UCGGGCCAAUAAGUGGAGGCAGCGCACGAACGGUGUUUACGUUGGCAGGCGCGCGGGUGAAGAGAUAGAAGGGCGCGCUUGGCAACGACGAGACAUGGCUGCUAUCCUUGGUUAGUUAUCUUCCUCCUUUAACGCUCUUCCUUUGACUCGCUAGCAGACGUCACCGGAAGUCUCCCGAAUGCGCGCGUCGUCUUCAGCCGUAGCUCUCUGGUCGCCAGCCGGAGCCUGAGGUCGAGCGGUGCGAAGAACCAAGACCGAUGGUGAUUUGAGCACCCGGUUAGUUGUUACGCGGUGGGAUUUUUUGUUUGUUUCAUUUCGUUCUUGUAGCCGCGUUAAGAACCGCUAAAUGGCUAAACGUACGCGAAACGUAUGACGCGGUACGGAGAGCGAAAGAAACUCGCUGCGCAUGGUUAUUCGACUCUUCAGGAGCAGCUAUAUUAAGGUGCAUCGUUAUACGUGCAACGUUGGGACUGGAACACACGGAGCCGAUCUUCGAGACGACACUGCUCAUCGGAUCGACGCUUCCAUGGAACAUAGGAGGACGAGCUGCGUGGCAGUAGUAGCAGGGACCCGAGCGAGCUGCAGAACACGAAGAGGAGGAGGAGGAGGUGGCGGCGGAGGAGCCGAACGCCCGCAGCAGCAGCAGCAGCAGCAGCAGCAAAAACAUCGCCCAGCAACGGCUGCAGCAGCAGCAGCAGCAGCAGCAAUGGCCGGGCAGUCCACGAGAUGCGGCGCGGAGCCCUAGAGGCAGGCAGCAUUCCUCGCGCCCCGCAGCAGCAGCAGCAGCAGACACCCUUCACCCGGUGCUGCCGACCCAGCCGGAGGCCCCCACCCCGUCUUACACACGCGAGCGGGAGGUAGCAGCGGCGCAAGAAGAACAAGGAGAAGAGGCAGAGCACCGGGACGGAGCGGCAAGUCUGCGGGGCUCGGACCGACCGAGAACCAGCUCCGGUCCGGCUGCCGGGGUAAGCCGUCCCGGGUGAGACCGCGGUGGCCGGGUCCGCACUGCGACUGCCUUUCGCCGCGGCCGUAUCUCGCGGUGGGCCUCCGACGGAAGCAGUUCGGGAAGAAGGUGGUCGCACACGCUGCUCUUUCGCGCCGAAAACAGGAGGCACCCACGCGCGCCCGGCGCGAACGAUGUUAGGCUGACGGAGUGCCGAAACUGUUUUGGGUCACUCUCACACCCGCCGGGACGUGUAGACGGAGACGCGUAGUACGGACCUGUACUGGCGGAAACAGUGACGUCGACGGCUGUGCGCGGUGUUCAUUGAGCGCGACCCCUGAGGAAUCUUGGUCGCUCUUGCAAGAGGGAAUGGAGUUUUACGGGAGGUGGGCAUGACGUCGGGCCAUCCAAUCUACGAGUUGUUUUCGUUCGUCAGUGGCUGACGCAGUGUGACGUUGUGUGACGACUCGCGAUACACCUAGUUAUAGGGAACCCGAAGACAGUCAGAAUGGUCGUAAACUGUACGAGGCACGAGUCUCAGUCGCAACAUGUGGAUAACGUAGCAGGGUGAAGCUGUGCGACUACACGUAUUACUGAACAGCUUGAGAAUUUGUCGUGAGAAGGAUUCGGCGAACUUUCACGUCGUCUCGUUUCUGUUCAGCCAACGUCGACGUGCCCCGCGUUGUUAUCAGCCAGUGAAACCUGUUAUUGUGUGCAGUACUUGUCGUUCGUCGGGCGUGUUCAUCAAUUGAUCAACUGUGACAGCGUGUGCGCUCUAAUCAAAUCCCGCAAGUGUGACUUCACGGUGUUCGCGUUUCUAGCAGCGUUCGCCCGCAAUAUUAAGAAGUGCGCAAAGAUAUUAAGACGACUGGACGCUUUCUAAAGGGCGAAAAAAAAAAGAAGUGACCUUUUGGAAGGGCGCUGUCUAUUUCCGGUUUUCUAUACUGCCUAAGCGACAAUCCAGAAAGUCAAAGCGGUGGCCUUCGUGACGCUCACGAAAACACCGGAUCAAACUCAACAAACUGCCAAAACCGAAUACGCCUGCUCCUAACAUAACUAGUAAGCCAACUCACCCUGCGAAAGCAUAACGGGAGAGGUGAUUCUGCGAAGACCUCGAGACUCUGCGUUACCCUUGAGCCUACGCUCCACCGGAGACAAGUCGUGUAGAAGGCAGUUAGGUCGGCUCUCUUGGGUAGUAUCGCACAGGUGCAAAAGACAAACGGUUGUAACGGAAAGUGAAAGCACGGACUAGAAGCAAACGUAUCUGUAUAGUCCGUGUUCCGAGUUCCGCAUACCAGGCUCACGGCCGCGCGUCAACCCCACCCUCGGUUACGGGCAUCAUCGGGGUCUGCUGCUCACCGGCAUCGCGAUUUCGCGUACAGUGCCAGCUGACAAGCAAAACAAAAACACCCGCGAAUCGAUCAAAGACGGCACCGAGAAGAGCCGCGGGAAACAGAAACCGAAAGCGGGGAAGCGAGAGAGAAAGAGAGAGAGUGAGAGAGAGGGAGAGAAACAGGGCCGUCGAGCGCGAACACCAUCAGCGUCGCGGCCGUGUCAAGAGCCCCGCGUCCCAACGGGUCGGCCUCCCUCUUGUCUCCGCCGGUGUGCACGGGGGAGCGCGGCGGACGAAAAAAACACGCGCGUGUGUCGCUGAGCGCGCGCGUUUCGACGUCGACGAGUGAGCGACGAGCGCGUAUGGAUAUCGACGACAGCGGCUGAGCCCGCGGGCCCAGGCUUGCACACGUCAUGGCGACCGCCAAGGAGGAACCGCCCAAGAUGGAUGACUUGCUCCAGAAACUCCGCCGCAGCAUCGCGGAACUCAGCCUGCAAGGGGAUGACUUCACCCGGCAGAUGUGGCACAUGUACAACACCUUCGAGGACGUGGUCGUGGGAGGAACGCUGCCGUCGACUGACCACCCGGCCGGUGACGCCCAGCAGCAGCACACCUUGCCGCCGAGUCAACAACCGCCGCCGGCCGCAGCCGACGACACUGCAGCGCCUGCUGCCGUCGCAGCCGGUAGCUUGCGCGGAGGCGACGCGGCCGCUGCUACAGCCGCUGCGCAAGCAACGGCGGCCCCGCGAGCACCCAAGCCCGUUCGCAUCCCGUCGUCGCCCGACGUGCGGCGGGACUCGUCGUCGCCGACGGCGUCGCCCGGCGCUCGCCGGAAGAAGAGGCCGAUGUCCCAGCGCUGCUCGUACGCUGCCUGCGGCAGCAGCGGAAGCAGCAUUAGCAGCAGCAGCAGCGGCAGCCAGCAGCAGCAGCCGCAGCAGCGAAGCUCGCUGUCUUCCUCCGGCAACCCGCUGCUGGACACGAUCGGCUCCAUGACGUACGACCCGUGCUGCGAGUCGGACGACUACUACGACCUGGCCAGCGUGUACCUGCAGCGGCGCCAGGCGCGCCAGCACAGCGACGGCGAGUCUAUCGCGUACGCGGGCUCCAUCGACAGCGGCUACAAGAGUCUCUGCCCGACGCCCGAGAUCCCGGACUACGAAGCGGAGGCCAAGCCUCCUGGUAAAGCCGCCGUCGUCCCGCCACAGCCCGCAGCGGUAGUGGCGGCGACGGCCAGGCUUGCGGCGCCCGCGACCGCGGGAGGACAGCAGGGUCACAAGCCGACACAGGAGGAGCUGGAUGCCGACCUGGACCACUUGAUGCAGCUGCGCCAAUCCCUGCUGACGGCCAUCGCCCGCUGCGAGUCGCCGGUGAGCCCCAAGAGCAGCACCGGCAGUCCGCGAGCGGGCUCGGCGGGCGACAAGACGGUGAGGUUCAGUACCGAGAAGCUGACCUCGGCGCCCUCGUGCUCGCCGGCCAAGGCUCCCGGAACGCGAGCCAAACCCAUCCUUAAAGACCCGCUGUGCGCCAACCUGCGGGCCAACCUCGAGAGGCCAGACAGCGGAGGCACCUUGGAAGAAGAGAUCGACAGCCUCCUGUGCGGAGGCAAACCCGACUACUACGACCUGGACGCCCGGUUCCCGCCGUCCACGUACGUGACCAUGGUCGAGGAGAAGUACCGCUCGAACGCAGGAUACAGCGUCGCCAAGGUCAAGUGCUUGAAAGACAAAUGCCAAGAGUCCUCCAAAGACCACAAUCACGCAACGUUGACAGCCGAGCCAAGCCGGCGCUCGCAAAGUCACGCUAGACAAUCGCACCAGCCACCGCAGCAUCACCAAGCGGGCCCCUUGACGCCGGCGCUGGGCACGUACAACCCUCCGAUUUCCGCGGAACCAAUGGUUUCGCGCUCAGAGAAGAGCACAGCCCACCCUGUUCCCACGCCACGGUGUUCGGCAGCUCACGCGGUCACAACUGCCAACAGCGCAAAGCCGGGCUCUCCCAAGCCUACUCUCAUGCGCUCUGCCAAGUCCCGCUUCAACGAGGUCGCCAAGUGCAUGCUCGAGAUAAUCGAGGACCUUCAGCACAAGAAGGUCACGGAACCGCGACCCGCCAAGACUUCUUCCAGCAAGCUACCCGUGGCGACGGCAACAGCGGCCACGUCUUCAUCACAGCCUCUACGCGACACUCACAUCGGUGGCUCAAGAGCAGGACCCAUCUCGGUUCACCAGCAACAGCAGCAGCAGACACAGAGGCCCCUGUCGGAUUCGGAGUACCACGUCUACGAGGAGGUCCUGUACGACUUUGUCAACUCGGCUGGAAGCGUCGCAUCCGAGCUCCAGCGACCACCGCCGCCCCUGCCGGCGAGGCCCAGUGAACCGGGUCACCGACCCAAGCAGAGGAGCAACCUGUACUCUCUGGUGCGCAACCAGGAGGAAAGGCGCAAUAUAUCCAAGUCGCUCGAGCAGGAAUGGUCCGGUGACAGGUCGACGCGGCUGGAGGACGAGUACGGGUUUCGUUCCGUGACCAACUCGUAAGAUAGUGCGCGCUCGUCGAAGGGGGUCAGGACUCUGGAUACGCAUGGCGACCAUCUUGACUCGACUCUGUGCAUACGUCAGAUGGUUCAGGACUCUCUCACUUCGCUCGGUGAACAUCUGAUUAGACUGUGCACGUGUCAACGUUGUGACGAGAUGACAUCAUACGCAACGUGACCCGGCAAAAUGGAGAAACUCCUGCAGCAAUUGUUGCGGUGGGGACUCAUGCAAGUGCAUGCGCACGCUUGUGGAUGCAAAGUGACGCUGGACUUGCUAACUCAUGAGCAACGUGCGACGACAUAGUGAUUGCCUCGGGCUCCGCGAGACCCACACGAGUGCACUUUGUAAGCGCAGCCUCUUAGACUCUUGGGUCAAGCAAAAUAUUUAAACCUUCUCUCAGGGGAUACAAAAGCCCAUGUGUUCAAAUGUACUAAGCUUUGUGCAUCACGAUGGAGGCGUAUGGGCAAUUUGUGAGGCAAAAGUGAUACACAAUCAUUUAUAUGUGUAUGCCACCUCGUCUGUUGCUCUUGGCUCAGGACCAGAACGCACACGAACACGCGCGUGAGUAUUGGGCCCACGUUAAGUAUAUGGCUUGUUCAGAUAGUUACGGCCAAAACUUAAAUGUCUUGUAACGCAUCCUGUUGAAACGUUGAGUGUUCUCUGACCUUAUUUAACUAUUUGUCAACUUCUAAGAACGUGAAUGUGAAAUCGCUUAGAAAAAACACAUCCUCAGUCGACGUACAGCGACGAAUGUUAUGGCGCUUUAUACACCCAAUAGGCAGCGAUAUACUGGAUGAGUUUUUUGCACAUAUCAAUCAUCAGCGUUGCAAUGGAAUUCACAUUAGUGACUUGCCAAGACUCUUGCCAGCGUUUUUCACUCUGCUGCAUCCACACAUACCUAAGAGUUUAAGAAAAUAUCAGCAGCGCAUACAACGUUCAUAGAAAAGACGCGUUGGCAAUUGGCAAUUGCUAUAUAUCUGGGCAGCUUUGCACAUUUGUGUCCAGUCAUCCUACCAGAAAAUGUUUGCAAAACUCAAGUGUAACUACUUUCAGGCAACUGAGAACUGACACACAUGACAUCAUUGACGGUGGUUACACUUGCCGCCGCGCUCGCUGCCAAUGCAAACAAUUUCCAUGUUCCAAAGCUGAUAUGCCUGAAGGCUAUCGAAUAAUGAACCGUUGUACGUGGAUGGACUGUUCAUAUCAGUUUCACGUCUUGUAUUGUAGCACUGACAAUUUGUCUUUGGCUACAGCCUUAGCAUAUCUUACGGUGGAAAAUUUUCCGCAGAAACAGUGUGAAUAUGAGCAAUACCUCAACUAUCGUCGAAAGCUUGCUAAAAGUAUGGCAGAACCCAGAGUAAGAGCGUUUAAGCUAGAAAUAUACAGGAAGCAAUGCUUUUUAAUCAGUGCUGCCGGUCAGCUGGAAGUGCAUCUACGGUUAAGCACGUUGGCGUGUUCUAGGCAAUGUUGUAAUUAUUUUAAAAAAAUGUAUUGUUGAUCGCUCUCGUUAAGUCGGCCCCGAAUAGGAUGCUGGCUCGCGACAACGACAAAAACUUGAGGCCGUUGCUUCUCCAUUGAAACAUGGCCCCCUUCAUUCCCCUGAUCUCACCUUUCGAACAUCUAUUUGAAUAAACGUGGUUGGAAUUCAGGCCUGACUUGGAGUCCAGACUAGAGCUUUGCAUUUCUACGACUAGAAUGAUGGUAAGAACAAAAUGCCUGAUCGCUAACUUGAGAACAUUUUAGUGUGGCAUGAUUUGAGAGAAAGAGAGAGAAACGAAGAGGGAGAAAGGUUGUUGGGCUGAGCUUCUGCAAGCCAGUAGGUCUCACUAGCGUGGGCACAUGGAACGAUGGUGAGUCUAACGUUUAAAACUGUGCUGCUGUAAUAAUAUAAUGGAUCUUUUAUGUCUUACGGCAAUGGUGAUCUACUGCACACGAAAGCGUAGAGCAGAAUCAGGAGUGUCCGCUCAUAGUUCAGUGAUCUGGCGUUAUCUCCUGAUAGCUCAGUUAUGUGUCACUGCCAUAUUGCUGUUUUGGAUGACGUUUGAAGCUUUUGCAAUGAAACCAGCGCUUGCAUACGUGUAUCCAGUGAACUUGUCGUUAGAUAAAGUAGCUGGUGUAGUGAAUUUUGGUGUCGGACAAUACAGUCUUAAGUACUACAGUGUGAAAGAUCCCAUCUAGCCAUCUGACAGAGAAUCACUCCAUACGCUUAAGAAACGCUUGUAUCUUAAUAAAUUUUACAAAGUGUGAUGACCCAUACAUAUCCAUGAGCAUAACUUCUCACUGUUAUUUUAAUUCCGGGCCCAAACAACGGCAGUUAGAACGGUGAUUCCGAGUCCUAAAAUGAGACACCAAGCACAAGCCUUUGGUGUUACUGCGGUUUAUCAUUCAAUAAGGGAGGUACGUUCAUCUUCAAAAUCGCUUUAUCAGUAAUUGGCCGAUGUGUAGUGAAACAUUGAGGUCGUAAGGAAAAUAUUUAAACUAAUCAUAUCGCAUAACUUUUUCAUUCUAGCAUAUGUAUACUCAUAGAACACAUCACACAACCGGCACUGUUUCCAGCGUACAGUGAGAUAUGAGUUGAGGAAAGCAGUAAAAUAUUUUCACCGGUGUUAAUGUCGAGUGUUCUUGUUUCCCGCACUGAUAUUAAGCGAACUAUAGCAAUAUAUUUUCCCAACGCUGUUACGAUUGUGUGCCUCAUGCGAGAUGUUCACUACGCCUGAUAAUUUAUCCGCGCAUUAUUGUUAUCAAGUGUGACAUCUAUCAAAGUUACACGUUGAUAGCUUAUACACUGGGCACUUCCUUUUUCGAUUUGAAGGGGCAUUAAAGGGAAUCGCUGUGUAAGGCUACGACGGUAGUUUGGUUUUCUCGACUUACCUUUCUCACCACUACAUUUGUGCAAAGAAAAAAGGAAUUUGCCGGUAAAAUCACAUUGAAAUACCAAACUGCCCUUUGUUGAACCGCGGUGCCAAUUACGCCAACAUGUCACAUCGCAACCUGACAUUUAAUUUAAACGGUUUGACUUUCUUUUUUGGUGAAGAAAACUUACGAAUGACGUUAGGUUGAAUUUUGUUCCGUUAUUCUCCUUGCUACAGUCGUGAACCAAUGGCUUCGGCGGACCGUUGCUUUAACCUGCGACGACACGGAUCUCUCUUUUUGAAAUCUUUGUGUAUCGCCGCCACCCUUCAACAUUGUCCAUGCAUCUUGACACAUCUAACCGUUUGGCCACUGGAAAAUUUAGCUAUUGGCUAUUUCGAAUGCGUCACUACACCUCUCUAGCCUGAUUACGGCAUAUGUUUUUGUAGUACCUCUACACUGUUGGCUAUGCCUUCCCAUUUAUCUCGGAGAUUGUGCACAAUGUUAAAACAGACACCAACGCGUGACUAAUGUAGAGCUGCAAUGCACGGCAGCGUGAUCAAAUGUUAUCCCUACGUUGAGUGUUCCCGUGUACAAGCGGGUACAUGUAACAGGGUACUCUGAUAUGCCUCCACAUGAACGCACUUUCACUGGUUGCUGCUAUAAGGUCCAGACAACUCCCGCGACCGCAUCUCUUUAGGACAGAAAGGUUGCCGAAAGUAUCUGGCAUCGCUGGAUGACGAACUGCAAUUUCUGAGCUUCUCAGCAUAUCAAUCUUAAGACAUUUCAAAGCAUUCUGCACAGUUUACAUAUCACGUUGGCGCUUGCCUUGCAUGCACAAUUGGCGCAACCCGUUACACUUUGGCAUAUCAUGCAUGAAAUGAGAAAUAUAGCACGCAUAUCACCUAAAUGCACUUGGUCACAUAAACUUGGCAGCUGAAUCCCAAUGGUUACAACUUGUGUUAACUUAGACGUGACAUACGCACGCACGUGUUUGUUUGCAUCGAAAUAUAUGCAAAGUUUCUCCUGCCCACCACGGAUUUUUUCAACUGACAAUAUUGCCAGUAAACCGCUGGAGAUGUAGUACUCGAAGAAAAGAAAGCUCUGCUUCACACCUGCAGCUGAAUAUUACGCACCACUAUUGAACUGCCGUGACUCAUUUCGUUCUAUUAAGUCAUCUCCUGAAAAAAAAAAUGGGCCAGAGCCUUAACCUGAAUUAAUUUCGUGCCAUUCUAAAUCACCGCACUAUACGCUGUUUCAUUUCGCUGUGAAGACGAGCUACUUGCGGCAAUAUAUGGUCUACCACGACGGAUAAAGUGCUUCAUGGUUUCGCUUUGGCAUGACGUGUUGAGCCUUCACGGUGAAACACGAAGCAGUGUCGCUGUGUAUAAUUUUAUGAGUUCUGUGUCAGUGAUUCUGGGGGUCGACGUGAAAAAAAAAAGUAUUGUUUGUCCCCAAAGCAGACAUAUCUUGAAGAGAAUCGUUGUAUAACGAUCGCUCGCUUGCAGCUGUAAGCUUUCAGAUUCACUAUAUACUCAUGUUCAGUUUUACACCUAUACGAAGACGUCUGGAUGAAAAAAAAAAGUGUAUAUAUAAAUAUUUCGAUGAAAAGUACUGCCUCAACGGUAUAUUCACGCAUAUUGACAGUUUAUGUGGAGAAGAGAGUAGAAUGUGUAUAUUUCAGCAAGUGAAAUAAAUGUCUGUUUUCUUUUUUA